UGUUCCGUAAACAGAUCUGCAUUCUUACACAAGACUGGUUUUCUCACACUAAGAAAGAUGUGUACUGUUUUCUUUUCGUAACAUCAUCAUGAACAUGAUGAAUAAGAGAUAAAUGGAAUUCUACAAAUAAUCUUACUAGAUUGAAUCAAACUUUUUAAACAUGAAUUUGGGAAUUACUAUCGAUAAAAGUGUGGGAUUCUUUCUUACAUUUUUUUGCAUUUUUACUGCAACCGCUUCAUCAACAUAUGAAGGAGCAGUAAACAAAUUCGUGAUAGCAGAUUAUUCAAACAGAAGUCUAAAAGAAGUUCCAAAACAUCUGCAUAUAGACAUUAAUGAACUUAUUCUUGACCAAAACGACAUACAAAUAAUCGAAAACGGAACUUUCAAGAGAUUGAGUGUAUUGAUUAAACUCACAAUUAAUGACAAUAAAUUGAAUAUUUUACAAAUGGAUGCAUUCGAAGGAUUGUUAUCAUUACAAGUUUUAGAAAUGGCGGGAAAUAAUAUAACGUUGUCAAUGUUUACUUCCAAACUCUUCAGAUUUGUACAGAAUUUAAAAGAGCUAGACGUCAGUAGAAAUAUGAAUUUAUCGGAUCAAGAAGACUGGACAGUUUAUCCAGAUGGAGCAUUCGCAGAACUGAGGGAGUUAGAAAAUUUUUCGAUUGAUCUUGCACCCUUCCCAAUUUUUGGAAAAGGAUUUAUGAAAAUGGGAAAACUCCUCAAACUGAAAUUUAACCAUUGCCAGGUACGCGUUAUGAAUAGCACCAUGUUGGAAAAUUUCAACUCGAGCGUUGAAUCUUUGUACUUAAGUAAAUGUCGACAUUUUGUAAGAGUAGACACUGGUCUACUUGAACCUUUCCCAAAUCUUAAAGUAUUAGAUUUAUCUGAGACUUAUAUGCAUCCAAUCCAAGCUUUUAAGCUUCUAGAACCGUUAUCUAACCGCACGAUGGAAACUAUCAACUUUCGUCAUGUGAAUGAUGAAUCGAUAAUGAAUAGCAGUACAUACAGGUAUGAAGUAAAUAUAACAGCCGAAAUGAUGAAAUACUUGAAAACAAUUUGUGUACAUGUUCUCGAUGUUUCAGAUAAUAAUAUUAUAGACUUUGAAAAUGGAUCACUUUUAACAAUGGACAGACCUGAGUGUCUGUAUUAUAUUUCACUUUCUAAAAAUAGAUUCUCGUUGUUUAAUGGUCACCAACUUGACAAUAUAAAACAGUUUUUUGCAAGAACUACAAAUCUUUCGAGGUUUGACUAUUCAUUUAUACCUUUAGGUUUCAUUAACUACUCGCACCAUCUGAAUUACAAUAUCAGUGGUUUUCCACCAGAAAGGGUUAUUACAUUACCCUCAUCCAUACAAGUAGUACAAAUGAGUCAUAUUUUCCAUGCCGGUGAGCCAGUAUUAUGGGUAAUACCGGAAAAUACAAGUAUAAGUCGUUUUGAUGUAUCUUUUUGUCAAACUGUUGAUCAGGCAAAAUUAUUGAACGGUUCGGAAAUAGACUAUUUGGAUGUAACAGGAAUUGAUUCCCAAGUAGUGUUCAACACAUUGCAUUUGCAUCCAUUGUCAAAACUCUCAACACUGAUAAUGGAGCAUACGAAUCUCUACCACACCAACAAAAUGGAGAAGAACGUUUUCAAUUACGUUUCAGGAACCGAAAAACUAGACAUUUCAAAUAAUUUUUUGUGGGAACUGCGUCAAAAUAUCUUUGAAAAUAUAAAAACAUUAACGUAUUUGAAUUUGUCAAAUAACCUUUUCCGCACAAUUCCUCUUGCAAUAACAAAAUUGCCAUAUCUUAAGGAACUGGACAUGACAAACAACCUUCUUACCAAUAUAAAUAGCACCUUUCAAGACUUUUUCAGAGGUAUGGGACCAGGAUUCAAGCUACAUUUGGAUAAUAAUGCGUUCGUUUGUGACUGUACAAACUCUGACUUCAUUCUUUGGCUUAAUAAUAAACACGUUACGCUUGAUGCAAAUGGAACAUACAAAUGUAUCCUUCAAAAUUCUAAAGAAAAUGAUACAUAUUAUGCUUUCUUACAUUUCAAUCAUUUGUAUGCAGGAUGUAACAGCAAACUGUGGCUUAAAGCAGUACUCGGAUUGUUUUUGACAUUUAUUGCGAUUUUCUUUCCUUUUACACUUGUGUAUAGUUUCAGAUGGAGAAUUUCAUUUUAUUUAUACAAACGCUUCAGAAAUAGCUUAGAAAAGGGCAUUGCUGUUAAUUUUAAGUAUGAUGUUUUUGUGUUUUAUACGGAAAAUGACCUUCCAUGGAUAAAAUAUGUACUAAUGCCAAAAUUAGAAAGAAAAUGGGGGCUGCAAAUGUGUAUACAACACAGAGAUUUUACUGUAGGAAAACCUAUAGCUGAUGUUAUAGCAGAUAGUAUCGAACAGAGCAGGCAUAUUAUAUUUCUUGUAACUUCUUCGUUUCAACAUGAUUCGUGGGGAGAAUACGCAAUCGAAAGGGCAAAAUAUCAUCACUUUUCACAAAAUUUACAGAAAAUAAUAGUUAUAACAAAAGAUUUACAGACGGAAGAAAUUCCACACGAAUUAGCAAUGUUGUGGAAAGACAUAGCUCUUAUUGAAUGGCCUAUGAACGAAAAUGGUCUUGAAAAUGCCUGGAAUAAACUGAAGCUGUGGCUAUUCUUAAACCAGCCUAAAUGAAAUAUCAGUGAUUAAUUUCAACGCUUAUUACAGUCAUGAAAACCAAAUAUAAAUUGUCAACUAUCUGAAGGAACCCAAUACGUUGGUCAUUUACCUUCUUAUGUAAUCUGCAUGAAUGUUAUUGUUUACUGAUAUUUUUAUUUUAAAUGGAUAUUUUCAACCUAGACAUGAAAGCUAUAAUACAAAUAUUAGUGGCGAUUUAUGAAUUGUAUAUCUAUGGUUACCGAUUUUAUAGAAUAGACUGAUUCAAAUGUCCAUUUAUUGCAUGUUGUGUGUCUAGUGACACGUGCUACUUCAUGCAUUUCAAUUGUCAUUACAAUGGGUACUUUCUCCUCUUUUGGCACGACAAUGUGUUUACUUUACUCUUUUAUUCAUAUUGCAUUGACAAUGUAGGUACUUUACUCCAUCAUUCAUAUUGUCAUGAUAAUGUUUUACCUUACAAAAUUACUCAUAUUGUUAUGACAAUGUGAUUGCUUUACUCAAUUAUUAAAAUGGCAUUCCAAUUAUGUUUGCUUAACUCAAUUAUUCACUGUGUAAUUUCAAUAUGUUUACUUUACUAAUUGUCAUGACAAUGUGUUUACUCUGUUCAAUUGUACAUAUUAUCAUGCCGAUGUAUUUAACAGAAAAUCUGCGAUCGUCUUGGAAUAGAACAAGGCAAAGUUGUUUCCAAAAAAAAUUGCAACGGUGAUGCAGGUGAUCAUGAGUGAUUUUAUAAUUUUUUUGUAUCCAUGCCCAUGGGGCACCAACAGACUAGUUGACCUGAAUAGUGACAUUGUUUAAUUAACUCAAUUAUCUAUAUCGUCUUAUCAAAAUGUUAAUUGUGCUUAAUUGUUUAUAUUGCCAUAACAUACAUGUUUACGUACGCAAUCAUUUAUAUUUUUAUGUUGAUGUU